GGUGUUUCCUUGGUGAGGCAGCGCUGCGAUGAUGCAGCAUUGAUGAUGCUCCAGAGCGCACGGACUUGCCGUACCGGCUUGGCGCCGUAUCGUCUAUCGGCCUCCACCAUAGGCAGUCGCCCGUCACCAGAACACCAGCCAACCCGCCUUGUCGCAGUCAACAUGGCCGCCGAUCUCAAGUACUACGAGCUUUACCGCCGAAACAGUCUGGGCGGCGCCCUCACGGACACGCUGGACAAUCUGAUCACCGAGCGCCGCAUCGAGCCCCAGCUGGCCAUGAAGAUCCUCGCAAACUUUGACAAGGCCGUUGCCGAUGUACUCGCAGACAAGGUCAAGGCGAGGCUCACGUUCAAGGGCCACCUCGACACCUACCGAUUCUGCGACGAUGUUUGGACGUUCAUCAUUAAGGAUAUCAACUUCAAGCUCGACAACACGAACCAGGUUCAUGCCGACAGGGUCAAGAUCGUCAGCUGUAAUACGAAGCGCCCCGGCGAGGUCUAGAGCUGAUGCUCCAGUCUUGCUUGCUUCUUACAAAUUCUGAAUGCGAUCAUUCGGGUACGAACGACGACGGCAACAGCAGACCGUAGAGAAAGACAUGGUGGCGCUCAUGUCAACUGGAGCAAGACUGGCUCAGUAUGGACAAGCAAGGGUCACUGCAAGUCAUUUAAGGAAGCUAAUGUGAUUCAAGUGGUUUACUUUUAGGCGUUACGGAUCAAGAUCAAAAUGGAUACCAUGAGCAUGCUUUGGCGUUAGGGACAUGACGCUUGCAUCACGCUUCACGCAAACAAUUAUAUAUCAAAUCAGCAGAAAUACUGCGAUCUACCUCGCAUCUAUGAACACAAUAUGCUAUGUCUCUGUGCUUUCACUCUGUCUCAAUCAGUUGUGAUCUUUGGGCUUGGCUAAACCCGCGGAAGUCCGGUCCCUGCAGUAGCCUCGUCGGCUCCCGUAGUUACUUCCAUUACAGA